AUGGAUCCGGUUGAGAUUCAACGACUCGUGGAUCAACUGAAACUUUCGGAGGAAGCGGACCAAGCUACGGUGCCGCUAACGUCUAAACUCACCGAGCAGUUACGGGACAAAACCAAAUUCUGCCUGGCUGGGAAGGUUUUCGCGAACAAACGAAUUAAUAGGGAUUUAUUGGUGACACACCUACCGAAUAUCCUUCAAACAACUCAGCGGGUGGAUAUUGAGAUUGUUGGAUCUAAUAUUUUCGUGGCUCACUUCAAAUCUAUCAUGGAUAAAAAAUAUGCGUUGAAUGGAGGCCCGUGGCACUUCUUUCACGAUCUCCUAUUAUUCUCUGAAAUUGAAGGUUUCCAGAACCCUUCUGAGGUUAAAUUUGAGAACUUUACUGGUUGGAUCCAGUGCCAUAAUCUUCCGGUAGCCUGUAUGCACCCUGAAGUUAUUAAGCGUAUUGGUGAACAGAUUGGGUCAGUUCUCGAAGUAGAUUUGGGAGCCGAUGGUCUUUGUUUGGGAAGAUUUGCCCGGGUUCGGGUAAGCUGGCUUUUAUCUAGACCCCUGCAAAGGUGUAUACGUUUAUUACCUGAUGGUGAGAUGGAGGGAGCGAUUAUUAUCCUCCUCUAUGAAAAGAUACCUAACUUUUGCUUUAAAUGCGGAAAAAUUGGGCAUCUUUAUCGUUUCUGUGAUGAGUCAACCAUGACCACCCAGGAGAUGAAAUAUGGCACGUGGCUGAUGGCGCCCAAAACUUUUGUCCCUAGCCGAAAGGCGGCCCCAAAUUAUCAGCACACUUCUGGAGUGCCCUCGCAAUCCAAGUCAGAACAAGGAGACAGCCAUUUCCAGGUGAUAAACGUGCUGGAACGUAGCUCGCCUACACGUAACCUGCUGAUAGUUGAAUCGAUUGAGCCUCUCAUGGCUAAAGCCAUUACUCCAAAAUGUUUUAACUCUACCUCAGGAGAUACCAAUACUAGAUCUAAGACGGAGUCCGGAGGAAAGGAGAACUUGGUAGAUGAAAGGGAGAUGGAGUCGGAUAAGGGUGGCUCGAAGGGGGGCGACAUGGUUGUCAGAGAUAGUCCUGGGAGAAGGACUAGUAGCUGGAAAAGGCAGUCGAAGACGAACAAGGUGAUUUCUGCGGAGAGAGGGGGGAGAGGGGGUAGAGGUGGCAGGGGGAAAAAUUCGAGCAUGAAGGAGAAGAAGAUAGAAGCUUUUGAGCAGGGGAAUGUUGGUUAUUUUGAUAAAGCUGACAACUCUACACUUGAACCUAUCUCUACUGAUAUAAAUGUGGCCUCUACAUUUGGCAGCAAGAAAAGAAAUGGGGACCUCGUCUGUGAUGUUGAGAUAGAGGCCCCUUGUCUUAAGCAUCCACGUCUCACUGAUGAAACCGAUAUGAAAUCAACGGCGGAGGCUGCUGAGCAGCCCCGCCGAUCCCAAUGA